UCUCCACAAAUUGGUUCCUCUGAUUUAAUUUGUCCAUUACAGAUAAUGGCUGUUCAAGUUAGCCUAUUUGCCACGUCCCUGGGAUUUCUGUCUUAAUCAUAUAAGACAAUAUAUUGAAUGGGAAAGCGAAGCUACGUGAACUUCCCAACUACGUAUGCAGCCUCUUGCACUCACACUCACUCACACGAAAGUCUAUAAAUACCGAGUUCGUAUUGCCCUUGCAAUCCAUCCAGCAGAGAAACAUCUUUGAGAGUUUCCUUUAUCAGUAGAGUCUUUCACCUCCUUUGCUUUUGUGUAGGAAAGAUGGCUUACUCCAGGACUUUCCUUCUCCUUGGCCUUCUCUUUGCUGUUGUUCUCAUCCUGUCCUCUGAGGUUUCAGGUCGGGAGCUAGCUGAAACAGCCGAAACUCAAGUGAUCAGCGUGGAAGAUGAGAAGCACGAUGGGUAUGGACACGGACACGGGCACGGCCACGGCCACGGAAAAGGACAUGGGCAUGGGAAACCUGGUCAUGGUGGCGCCGGUGAGGAUGUGGAAGACGAGACUGAGGGGGCUCAGAAUUAGAGUAAUCAAUCCUUAAUUAUGUGGGCCACGCAUGAUUAGGGUGGGUUUUAUGUAAGAUUAUGAAAGCGUAUAUGUCAAUAAGGCAUGUGGGCUAAGGGGUACUCCCUUAGACCAGCAUUGCUGCAGUUGUUAAAUAUGUAGGUCGGGACUUGUAUCUUUUAUUUCUCUAUGUUUUUUAUGUGCUAAAUAAAGUAUGAUGAAUGUUGUCUGGGGGUCCUACCCUUUUUACGUUGCA